UUUUGUACUGCUGCUGCGCCGGGUAUUUAUCAGAAGAGUCGUGACUAUCCCGUUUACACUGCUAGUUAGUUGAUCAGACGGUUCCUGGUGUACUCAGUUUUUCAUUUCAAUCCUGUGGCCUUCAAUUGGUUUCGCAAAGUGCGAUUCUUGAGUCGACAUUAAUAAUUAAUUUUGUAUAUUUUUAUAUUUUGUGAGAAAGAAUGUCGGCCGAAAGCCCCGAAUACUCUCCUUUCUUCGCAGUGAUGGGAGCCUCUGCGGCUAUGGUGUUCAGCGCCUUGGGAGCAGCUUAUGGCACAGCUAAGAGCGGUACGGGGAUCGCCGCCAUGUCCGUGAUGAGGCCGGAGCUCAUCAUGAAGUCAAUCAUCCCCGUGGUCAUGGCGGGUAUCAUAGCCAUCUACGGCCUGGUAGUAGCAGUGUUGAUUGCCAACAACAUCUCAGAGAAGGUCACCCUCUACAAGAGUUUCCUCCAUCUGGGAGCUGGGCUGAGCGUGGGCCUCAGCGGGCUGGCAGCAGGCUUCGCAAUUGGCAUUGUGGGCGACGCAGGUGUGAGGGGCACAGCUCAACAGCCGAGGCUUUUUGUGGGCAUGAUCCUCAUUUUGAUUUUCGCCGAGGUCUUGGGUCUCUACGGGCUCAUUGUUGCCCUCAUUCUCUCCACGAAAUAAACGCCCAAACAUCUCCACUACAAGAUCUGUCCUUUAUGUUGCUGCUGGAGGAAAAAGUGUAAAACGGGGUGAAAAAAAUUGUAAAAUUUCUGCCACUCAAGAAGAAAGAAGUGAAGGCAAUGGGUGGGGAGGGGUUCAUUAAAAUGGCUCCAUAAAUAUGGUUUUAUCUCAGCAAUGUGUACAGUCGUCCCAAUUUGAUAGUCAACUUGUAAAUGCGCAAUGUAGUGAUUUGUCUGUCUCGUGUGUGUGUGUGUGUGUGCGUGCGUGCGUGUGUUUCAAAACCGUUGUAUGAUGAAGAUUCCUUUUUUCCCUCCACUUAUUUCAGGCCUUGAGGCCAGCUUAGGCAGCCUGGCCUCUGGUCUUAGAGAUCUGACCAAAGGGGCACACAGCUUUUUCUCCUCCCAUAUCAAUCUGGGAGUUGACACAAUUUCUGCAUUAAUCUUGAGGAUCUAUUUGUAAAGAGAAAUGUAUAUGGACAUAAGAUUUUUUUUUCCACUGAUUUUAUUUAUAAGAAAUUGUUCAUUGAACUGUUUAAUGCAGCAAGUCUUUCAUUCCCCGGGAUAUUAUAUAUAUAUAUAUAUACACAGACAUAUAAAUAUCUAUAUAGAUAGAUUUAAUGCCCUGUGGGGUUAUUGUGAUAAGUGGUUGGAAUUCUUCUGGAUGUAAUUCUUGGUUUAAUAAGAUUGCCUUUAGUAUGUUGCUGGUGAAGUGGGAGUUUUGUGUGUAGCUGUAUUCUAAUCAUAUGCAAACAUUCUCAAACUUCAGUGUUUUUCCUGUAGUACUGCUGUUUGCAUUAAAGGUGUGUGUGUGUGUGUGCCCCGUGAUGGGUCUCACAGUGUAAUUUCCAAAUUUUCAUCUCCUCCCCUUAUUCACCCCCCUCUCUCAUCUGUGGCUGUGUUUCAUCUCUUCCACAUUCCAGCCAUUAAAAUCCUGCAUGGGUUUCAGUGUCUUGUUGCUGUUGGAUUUGAAGCUGAAGAAGCAGGCUAGUUUCAGAAGAUGUAAUCCAGAUCAAAAAGGUAGUUUUAUGUUGUCCUCCCGCCAAAAAAUAAAAUAAGUCAGGUCUAAAUCACAAGACUUGAUGUUAUCGUUUGUAGUGUGCAGCAGGAAUCCAUUGAGUUUCAUGCAGGGACUGGUACCAAUUUUGAUCUGGAGUUUUCUGAAAAUGGAACUGCUGCUGAUUCAUUUACUGAAGCGCCAGUCUACAAUCCUGUAUUACCACUGGUAUUGAAGUUAUCCUGAUGUCGACGUGUGUCUCACAAUCGAAUUAAAGAAGAUUCCAACUUA